CUGGAGGAAACGGUGCUGUCGCCGCGGGCCUUUCUUUCCCACCUCCCUCGCUGGCCCUCUGGCCUCGCCAGGCUCGCAGCCGCGGUGUAGAGGCAGCAGCCGCGCCUGGGUGGAGAGGGCCCGCCUGAAGGGGCAGGGGGUGGAUCCGGAUGCUGCGGUGGUCACGGCCCGAGGAGGGUGCUCCUAGCAGUGAUGCCCAGCUCCCCUCUUCCGGGCUGACCGCGGUGCCUCCCAGUCCCUCCAAGCCGCGGACGGCAGAGCUGGUCCUCCAGCGAAUGCAGCAGUUCAAGAGAGCAGACCCCGCACGUCUGAAACAUGCUUCCGGAGCGUGCUCACUCGAGGCUGAGAUUGCAGAAAACAUCCCAAAGGACCCUCAAGAGGAGCCGAUGGUGGGGAAUGGCUGUGGGCCCGGGUCCCCUGCCACAGAGAGCGACGGCGCGGUGGCCUUGGCCCUGCAGCAGGAGCUGGCGCAGGAACGAGCACCCACACGUGAAGAGGGCCUGGAGGAUGAGGGAUGGUUUUUCUGCCAGAUCUGCCAGAAGAACCUCUCCGCCAUGAACGUGACGCGGAGGGAGCAGCACGUGAACAGGUGCUUGGAUGAGGCUGAAAAGGCACUAAGACCUUCCGCCCCUCAGAUCCCUGAGUGCCCCAUUUGUGGCAAGCUGUUUCUCACCUCCAAGAGCAGAAGCAGCCACUUGAAACAGUGUGCGGUGAGGAUGGAGGUUGGCCCCCAGCUCCUGCUGCAGGCUGUGCGGCUGCAGACGGCUCAGCUUGACGCGGGCUGCAGCCGCACGGCAUCCAGCUUCAGCCCUCAAGUUGGAAGUCUGAAACGGAAAGGAAUCCCCAGCAAGAAGGAGCCCCAGAAAAGGCAGAAGGUCAGCCAGCCCGAGGUGCCAUCUGAGGACCUGCUGGUGGCCAUGGCUCUGUCCCGAUCAGAGGUGGAACAGUCCAGGACUGUGCCGGCGCUCAGACUGGAGAGCGCUUUUUCUGAGCGGAUAAAGCCAGGAGCAGAGAAGAAAAGCCGCAAGAAGAAACUCCCUACUUCCCUGCCGCCGCUGUUGGUCCAGGACUCCGAGGCCACAAGGCAACAGAUGGAGGGGCGUGUGGCCGCGCUCUUUGCGGAGGAGGUGGAGCUGUCCAGCAUGCCGCCCCUUCCUGCGAGCAGACUCUUAAAGAACGAGGCGGAGAGGGCCAGCUGGCGGCUGCAGCGGCCCGAAGGGAAGCAGAGCUUUCUGUGGGAGGGCAGCGCCCUGGCCGGAACCUGGGCCUCGGAGGCCUUCUACACGGCAGGCCUGGUCCCACCGAUUGUGCCCCGGCGGCCAGCCCAGGGCCUCAUGAAGGAGCCGAAGCGGCCAGUAACGCCACCUGACCAGCCACAGCUGGAUGUGCGGGCGCCCCUCACCCCCGGUGGCUCCCUUCCUGCGGGCUGCAACCCCGUAGAGGACCCAGUGGAGCCCGACCCCAGGAAGGCGUCACCCUCCUCCAGCCAGAGGGAGCGUCAGGCCCUGCAGGACCUCGUGGACCUGGCGGGAGAGGGGCUGAGUCCCAGCCAGGGGUCCAGCAGCAGAGGCCAGGCCAGCUGGGGCAGAGAAGCAGCCAUAGAUUUGGUGCCCAGCAGCCUCCCACUCUCGGGCUUCGUCCUGCCGCCUGAAGAGCAGCGUCUGGAGAGGGGCAGCGGCACCUCGCUCUCCCUCAGCCUGCUGGUUACUGACUUCGGGUCCAUGGUCAAUAACCCACAUCUGAGCGACGUCCAGUUCCAGGUGGACAGUGGGGAGGUGCUUUACGCCCACAAGUUUGUGCUUUACGCACGGUGUCCGCUCCUCAUCCAGCACGUAAACAGCGAAGGCUUCUUUGCUGUGGAAGAUGGGGACCUGAGGACCCAGCGCGUCCUGCUGAGUGACGUCAGCACUGAGGCAGCCUGCGCCUUCCUGUGUUACCUCUACACUGCGGACACUGGCUGGCCCUCCCACCUGGCCUCCAACUUGCGCUCUCUGGCCCUCAGGUUUGGCGUGAGUGAGCUUGUCCACCUGUGCGAACAAGCACCUCCUGUGAUGGAUGUGGAGGGUGGCCUCGGGAAGGAGGAGGAAGAGGAGAAUUGUGAAAGCAGGGCGGAGAACUUCCAAGAACUCCUGAGGUCGAUGUGGGUAGGCGAAGAAGAGGAAGCAGAGGCCCUGCUGAGACCCGAGAGCCACGGAGAAGACAGCGAGAAGGUGGACGAAGCCGAGAUGGCAGAAAUCUAUGAAUUUGCAGCUACUCAGCGGAAGCUCUUCCAAGAGGGAAGAGCAGCAGAGAGAGACGAGGAAGCUGACCAGCUCGGGGAGGACCAUCCAGCUUCUGGGUGUGUCCUAGCAAGCAUCCUGGUCCGAGCGCAGCUGGAAGAUGUAGGACAAAAGGAGUCAUCCGAGCAAGGAAGCGAUGAGGCCCCGGCCAGAUGGGAAAGUGCGGAGCGGUCAGCUCCCCCGUCCUCCCUGGGCCAGCGUUCCCGCGGCAAGGAGGACACGGAGACCCGUGAACAGGAGGCCACGAGGGAAACACUGCACCAUUCCAGCUCCUCCAGCCCUUCUGGCGAGCACCGGGCAGAAGGGAAGGAAGGCACCUCUUUGCCCUCGAUCGGUGACUAUGAACAGCUUUUCCCAUCAGCUCAAGGAGAAUACGCUGAACCUUCCCGGAUAACAAGUGAUCAAGUGGAGCAAAAGGUCGUGGAGAAAGAGGCAGAGGCGUCCUGUUCUCCCAGGCACCAGCAGGUGCAGGCACAGCCCGCCUGGGGUGGGAGUCCUUCCAGGUUCCACCUCCGUCCCCACUGCACAGGUGGCUCGUCCCCGUUAACGCCCCCAUCGCAGAGUGCAGUGUCCAGGGUGGUCUCCCAGAACUCACGGUCCCCCGUUCUGCCACCAAAGCAGAGGAGGGGCAGUAACGUCCCCGCAUUACUUACAGAUCCAGGCCACCAGGAAGGCAGAGGAGGCGGGUAUGUGUGGGCAUGCAAAAGUAAAGGGGGACUGGUCUCCCCAGAAAAAUCCCCAUCCAUUGACCUGACCCAGUCAGACUCUGGCCACUUGGGCCCCAGACCCCCACGAUCUCCGUCUAACAUGGGCAGAGAUGAGGACGUUAUUCUCUUACUGGAUUCGGAUGAAGAGCUGGUGCUAGAACAGACUGGAAUGAAAUCCGUUUCUAAUGGUCCCCCAGAGGAAAGGAAAGUGCUGGAAGUCAGCCCCAGGUCCUCGGAGCUGUUUUCGAUCAUCGACAUUGACACAGAUCUGGAACGUUCUCCAAGCCCACUAGGCAGGGCAGCCGAGCUGCAGCAGGGAGAGGGCCAGCAGCCGGAGCACGGGGACCCUACAGGCGGCAGAGGGCGGCACCAGCUCUUCUGUAAGGCAGAGAGCAGCCCCGAGGCCAGCACCACAGACACGUCGUGGCUGGUGCCCGCCACCCCGCUGGCCAGCAGGGGCUGCCACCGCUCCUCCCAGACCCAGAUCUCAGGCCUCCAGUCCAAGACUUCGGUGGACGUAAAGGCUCACCUCGGGCCCAGGGCCGCAUCAGAAAACAGGGACGUUACCGAAGCCACCAGUACAUUUCCGGUCAUCGUGCCCCAGACGGCGCCACCAUGUCUGGCUGCUGCCACCCCAGGAGCCUCAGAGAGCCACAGGCGAGCCCACACGAGCCCUUCAGGCCAGCAGCCCAGGCACCGCCGGCGCGUCUCUCCUGUGGCUCCGAGUCCGCUGCGGAGACUGAGUUGGGCCACUGCGGGUGAGGUGGUAGAAGUGGAGGACAGUGACGAGGAGCAGGGGGUGGCCCCCCACCAGGCAGACAGCAGCCCCCUGCCGCUCGGGGAGCCCCCCAUCCCAGUUGAUGACUGCUGUUGGGGUGUUGAGCCCCUCUCACCGAUCCCCAUCGACCACCUGAACCUCGAGCGGACCGGCCCCCUGAGCACCAGCAGCCCCAGCAACAGGGCCAGAGAGGCCCGGGGCAGCGCGGCCUUUGGCUCCCCCAGCCCCCUGGGCACCACCCCCAUUCGAGGGAGCUGCACUGAGCGGGGCGGAGCUGGCGAGCGGUCCCCUUGGGCCGGCUCCCCGGGGAGCAGCAGGCUGAGCUUGCUGAAUUCGGCUCUGUGGGAUGACUGGGGCGGAGAAGAGAAGUCGCUGGAGGUCCCUCCUCUGGCCCAGAGACUGAGUCCCGACGGAGCGGGGAAGCCAGGAGGGCCAGAGACACCCAAAGGUGCUCAUCAGAAGAAGAACCUGCCCCCGAAAGUGCCCAUAACCCCAAUGCCAAGGUACUCCAUUAUGGAGACACCAGUACUGAAGAAAGAGCUGGAUAGGUUCGGAGUCCGCCCUCUGCCCCGACGCCGGAUGGUCCUGAAGCUGAAGGAGAUAUUCCAGCACACUCACCAGACCCUGGAGUCGGACUCUGAGGAUGAGAUCCCGGCCUCGCAGGUGCCCCUGCACGUGCCCCAGAGCCUGGCCCAUGCCGCCCAGGCCUCCAAGACUUCAGGGGCAGGAGGCCACCCCUCCCCGGAGGCCGCCACUGGCCCCAUUCCGCAAAGGCCUAAGGGACCCACUGAGAUCAAGAGCCCCCAACGUAGAAGGAAGCAGCCUGGGAAAAGCCCCCCACCCCUGCCCAUGCCACCAGCCGAGGAGGAACCCCCAGGCUCUGAUGGUGAUGCCCAGCUCCCGGCCUCCCAGGAGUCCACGGCCACCUCUGUGGAUAGCACCGACGGGUCGUUUGGCUCACAGAGCUCUUCCUCCCACGAGUUUGGAGCGGCCUUUGAGUCUGAAGGUGACGAGGAGGGCGAGGAAGGGGUCACCGCCUCGCAGGCGGCCGUCCGGGCAGCAGAUACGGAGGAGGCAGUGUGGCGCUACAUCCACUCCCGGCCUGCCCUGUACCGGAAGGUCCUGCUGUACCAGCCCUUGGAGCUGGCGGAGCUGCAGGCGGAGCUGAGGCAGAACGGCAUCCGUGUGGCCGCGGGGAAGCUGCUGGACUUCCUGGACACCCACUGCAUCACCUUCACCACCGCUGCCACCAGGAAGGAGCAGCUCAAGAGGAAGAGAUGGCGGCCCGUGGGCAAGAAGAAGGGGCAGGAUUGA